AUGCCGGUCGAGGAUUGUCGUCUCGAAUGUGAUCAAAUUGAUGACGCAUUCAAAUAUGAGGAAUGCAUACAGAGUUGCAAGAAGAGGCCAAGGAAAAAUCUUGUCGAAACGACUUACUAUCCAGCUCCACCAGUCAAUGUCACGAUUAAAACAGAAGUCGUUGUUGAGGACGGGAAAUUCCUUGAAACCACUGUCACCUGGGAUUCGAUUCCAGAUAAUGAACGAACCGGUUACUAUCUUCGUUUCACGGCAAUUGGUGAAAAAUGUCAACAGGAUUUUCCCGGUUAUUUUACAACUGCAAUUAAACCGACAGCUCGUUCCCAUAUGAUUCCGUUAAUGUUUGGUGGAAGGCCUUUAAUUAUCGAUCAUGAUUGUCAAUAUAAACUUGAAAUGCAUUCGAAACCGUAUCCAUACGGCGAUCAACUCUUCACCGUUUCACAGCAAUAUCGAGUGCCUACAUGUUUAGAGGGUUUUUGCGCUUGUCGAGAUGGAGCCGUUCCGAUGCCCGACUCAACGACAGCCGAACAUACACCUGAUGGAGUCCGUGUCUCGUGGCAUUUCAUUCCGAAACCCCCACGAAAUUACACUUUUCAUUUGACACUCUAUGAAAGAUUUGUUCCACCAAUUGCUUUCAAGAAUCCAGAUGCUUUCAAGUAUCGUAUCGUUGAUGAAACCGAGCAUAAGCUUCAUUCAAAAUCGAAUGUAACCUCAUACAGCAUUGUGUUGCCAUUUUCACUGCGACCAAAUGAAGAAUACAAAAUAACCCUUUUUGCUGAGGAUGAUCAUUUCUGCCAUAACGCUGAUACACAUAUCGAGUUUUUAUCGAAAAAUGAAAUUUUUCUUAUCACAACUAAAAAUGCUAGCAAGUCACAUCAAAAACAUGAGGAAUUGCAUGAAAUCCCGGGAAACACAUCGAUUUCCAUUCUUAAACCGACGAAAGAACCGAGCUCAUCAGUGGUCCUCAAAGAUCACUUUGUCAUCUCGCAUGCUUUGGUUCUAAUCUUUAUCUUAGUCGUUUUUGUUGUGGUUUCUCUUCCUUUACUUGCCGCUUGGAUUUGUUUCCGUCGUCGAUCCACACAUAAACAAAAGCUAAGCCGUUUCCGCCCAGAUUGGUCACUUUCACAGUCAAGACACUCAAUUUUGGAAACAAAUAUUCUAUAUCGACGACCAAUCGAAUUUCGUCAACCGGUACGUGAGGAGGAUUGGAUCAUUCAAAGGGAUGAUAUUUCUGUUGGAUCUGUCAUUGGUGAAGGUGCUUUCGGUCUUGUAUGCAAAGGAUCAAUGAGAGGACCUCGUGGGGUUCCUGUGCGAGUCGCUAUUAAACAACUAAAAGCAAAUGCAAUCGAUGAAGAAAGACGUGAAUUCGAAAGAGAACUUGAUAUGAUGAAGCAUGUUCGACGUCAUCCAAAUGUGGUCACAAUGUACGGGUAUUGUCGAGAGGGUGAAUGCCCAUGUAUGAUCAUGGAAUACGUGCCGUUUGGCGAUCUCAAACACUAUCUACAAAGUCUACGGAAACAGUUGUCGUUGGCGGUUUCAACACUGAAAACCUCGUUGAGAAUCGAUGAUGUCACUUGUCAUCCACUAUCGAACGCGUCGAUGACCGACUCAGUCAUGUCUCAGCCAGAGGAAAGACUCGAACUUCAAUACGAGCUUGAUCCAGCCGAAUUGCAGUCAUUUGCUUGUCAAGUAGCCGCCGGAAUGGCUCACCUUGAAUCCCUUGGAAUCACUCAUCGAGAUCUUGCAGCAAGGAAUAUUUUAGUCGGAGAGAAUAAACAAUUAAAGAUCAGUGACUUUGGUAUGUCUCGACAAGGAGUUUAUGUAAAAGUUUCAAAAGGAGUAAUCCCACUUCGAUGGUUGAGUGUUGAAGCGAUCAAAGAAAAUCUUUACUCAACGAAAAGUGAUAUUUGGGCAUACGGUGUCGUUUUGUGGGAAAUUUGCACAUUAGGUGGUUUCCCAUAUGCGACAAUUUCUGACAAAGAUCUUCUACAGUAUUUGGUUGACGGGCAUCGACUUGAAAAACCGAUGAGUUGCAGUGAUGAAAUCUAUUCGUUUAUGCUAUCGUGUUGGCGAACAAACCCGUCGGAGAGGCCAUCGUUCGCCUGUUUGGCGGAUUGUCUUGGCGCCAUUCAUGCGCCUUAUGUCGAAUUUCUUUCGCAUGCUCAAUUGCCUCCACAAGGUCCUUUCUCUCAA